GAGACCGCUUCCUCUGACGUAGCUGAUAGGCGGGUCCUGAUGGCGUCAUCAUCCAGCGCCGUCUUCCGGAUUCUGUUGUCAUAGAGACAAGCGGUGCACGGCGGGUGGCCCUUGUUUCCAGGAUUUUUCAGGUGGCUCCAACACCAUGACAGAGGCUGACUCUCUUAUCUCUCAGGAUUUUGAGGUGUUUGGGAAGGUUCAAGGAGUUUUCUUUCGCAAGUACACCCAGGCGGAGGGGACUCGUCUGGGUCUGGUCGGAUGGGUACAGAAUACAGAACAUGGGACUGUCAAGGGUCACUUACAAGGCCCUGUAACCAAAGUGCGGGAGAUGCAGCAAUGGCUGCAGGAAACAGGGAGCCCAAAGUCCAGAAUCACAAGGGCCCAAUUCCACAAUGAAAAGAAGAUCCAACAUCUGGAACACGGCAGCUUCCAGAUCCGCAAGUGACAGCUCAUUCCUCCCUGAUGGUCUCUUUCAGGAUCCAUGACCUAUCUAGUACCAGACUGGUCUGAUCCAUUAGAGCAGCCCCAUACAAUAACCUGGAGGGACAAAACUAACUGCCCCUCCCCAUGUAUCCGGCCGCUUGCUCCGAUCCCAUAAAUACAUAAGCUGUGUGCCCCCGUGAGAGGCCGUGCAUGCCAUGUGUCACCCCUCUCCAGUGUAUAGUGACUGAAUAAAAGUGUCGCUAUGUGAUAUCC